CGUUCCAGGACGGCCAUUGGGCCCCGCCGUCGCGAGCCAAGGCGGCUGAGACGCCACUUGUUGGCCCAGGAGCUUCGCGUGCCAGUCUGCGCAGUUGCCCCAGCCGCAGCAGUGAAAUCUCUCUCUCUCUCUCUCUCUCUCUCGCCUGCUUUGGCCAUGGCCGAGGCCCCCUCCCCGCCGCUGCUCUCUGUGGAGACGGACCCGGACUUCCAGCCGCUGCCCCGCGCGCGCUCCUGCACUUGGCCGCUGCCCCGCCCGGAGCUCGCGCCCUCCAGCCCCGCGCAGACCCCGGCCAGGGCCGCCUCGCCUUCGCGCUGCUGCGGGGGAGGAGGGGGAGGAGGGGGCGACCUGCUGAGCCUCCUGGAAGGCGCCAGCAGCAGCACCAGCGGCGAGGGCGGCUGCCUCUGCGGGGACUUCCCUUGCCUCCUGCACCAGUCCCAGCCCCAGGCGGCGCCCUCCCUGGCGGGGCCGCCCUUAGCCUCCUCGUCGUCGGGGCCGCGCAAGAGCAGCUCCUCUCGGCGCAACGCCUGGGGGAACCUCUCCUACGCGGACCUCAUCACCCGCGCCAUCGAGAGCGCGCCCGAGAAGCGCCUCACCCUCGCCCAGAUCUACGAGUGGAUGGUCAAGAACGUGCCCUACUUCAAGGACAAGGGCGACAGCAACAGCUCCGCCGGAUGGAAGAACUCUAUCCGUCACAACCUCUCAUUACACAGCAAAUUUAUUCGAGUUCAGAAUGAAGGAACAGGGAAAAGCUCUUGGUGGAUGCUGAACCCAGAGGGAGGCAAGAGUGGGAAGUCUCCCAGGAGAAGGGCUGCUUCCAUGGACAACAGCAGCAAGUUUGCAAAAAGCAGGGGAAGGGCUGCGAAGAAAAAAGCGACUCUUCAGGCAAGUCAAGACGGAAAUGGUGACAGUUCAGGCACCCAGUUUUCAAAAUGGCCUGCAAGUCCCAACUCCCACAGCAAUGAUGAUUUUGAUAACUGGGGUACAUUUAGGCCUAGAGCCAGUUCUAAUGCAAGUACAAUUAGUGGGAGGCUUUCUCCAAUCCUGCCGGAACAAGAUGACCUCGGAGAAGAAGAUGUACACUCCAUGGUGUACCCUCCAUCAGCAACCAAAAUGGCUUCAACUCUGCCUAGCCUUUCUGAAAUAAGCAGUUCAGAAAACAUGGAGAACCUCUUGGAUAACCUCAAUCUUUUAUCCCCCAACACAUCUUUGACGGGAUCAACUCAGUCUCCACCAACUACCAUGAUGCAACAAUCUCCCGGUUAUUCAUAUGCUUCGCCAAGCACGAGUAUAAAUUCACCAAACUCAGACUACAGGAAAUACACAUAUGCCCAGCCCAGCAUGAAUUCUUUGCCACAGAUAACAAUGCAAACAAUUCAAGACAGCAAAUCAAGCUAUGGGCCCAUUAGUCAAUAUGGUCCCUGCCCUGUAGGACUUUUGAAGGAACUGCUGACUUCUGAUUCACCUCCUCACAAUGAUAUCUUGACAUCUGUAGAUACUCGUGUUUCCCAGCCAAGUAGCCAAGUCCUUGGACAAAAUGUCUUAAUGGCCAAUAACUCCACAAUUUCGCCGUAUGGCAACCAGCAGCCCCAUAACAAAAUCAUUGCCUCCACCAGUGCUCAUCCCCACCAAGGACUUGUCCAGUCAACCUCAGCAGUCAACAGCCACACUUUGUCGCUCACGCUGAGCACCGUGUCUCAUGCAUCAAGUUUAAACCGAGUGCCCCCAGCGAAAACCUCCGCACAAGUGCCUAUGAGCCACCCAAUGCAGAUGCACAGCCACAACCCCUACACCACUGUGAACAGCUGCAACGGUUAUGGGAGAGUAGGGAUUGUCUCUUUCCACCAGGAGAAGCUCCCUAGUGACUUGGAUGAUAUGUUGAUUGAACGAUUGGACUGUGAUAUGGAGUCAAUAAUUCGUAAUGAGCUCAUGGUCGAGGAAACAUUGGAUUUUAACUUUGACGGUGUGUUGCCUAACCAGAGUUUGUCACAUGGGGUCAAAACAACAACACACAGUUGGGUGUCAGGAUAAGGAUGAAAGGGUACACUUGAAAAUACUUAAGACAUCUCUGACCACAAGACCCGAGCAAGGGAGUCCAAAGAUGUCCUUCAGCGCUUUUUUGCCAUUUCUUUUGUAAUAUUUUUGUUUUUCUUGUCGGACUUGGUGCCAGAUAGAUGCUUUUCCUGCACAGGAAGUUUGCCAGUUACUUGCAGGUUGUUUUUUGCUGUAAGGAAUGUGUUGUUGGAAGUGUCUUAAUUUGAAAGUGCCAAACUCACUACAAUGCCAUAGAAAAGCAGAACAUACUUGCACUUCAUGUUGUGCAGUGACUGUGUACAGUAUAAACUUCAAAAGUAAAAUGGAUUCUUUAGGAAUAUGUCAUAUAAAAAAAAAACCUUAAAAUACUCUGGCAGUCUUUUAUACCUUCAGUUGCUUUUGAUCCAGGCUUACUUUUGAUCUACUCAUCUCACACACAGCUGUGUACAGCUCUGUUAGUUGCCCGAAGUGUAUUAAAACUACUGUACCUUAUGUGUAAGAUCAUGUCAUUAAAAUAUGAUCAAACCAAAGUUGUUGGCAAUUCAGAUUUUCACAUCUGAGAAAAGGCUGAAAGCUUUGCCACCAUUAUUUUUCAUCAUGUGGUGGAUUUACCGUGGGGUUGACUUCCAGAUUGACUGAUAAAAUUUUGCUGAUGUAAAAUUUUGUAAUAGCCAUAUACCUAUUUUUUUACAUCUCUACUUUGUUAUAGAAGCUCCUUAAUAUUUACCGAAUCCAAGAUAGCUAGCAAAAUUUAUAGUACUUUGUAUACAAUAUUUUAAUAAGCAGAAAGGGAGAGAUUUAUACUAGCACCCUGUAAGAUUUGUAAAAAGAAGGUUUCUCCGUGUAAAGAACAUUUUUUUUUUCUGGCACAAGAGUUAUAUGUAAUUAUAUACAUGUACAGAUAAAUUCUUUUACUAUAUUAACACUGACUGUCCCCAAAUGUUAAGUCUUGUUAAAAUGUUUUGUAUGUACAGGUCUUCGUAUUUAUAUCGUGGAAGUUUCAUGACUUUUUUUUACCCUGGGACAAUAAUUUCACAGCUUAAUAUUAUUAUUAAUAAUAAUAAUACAUUCAACUUCAUUUAUUCUUAACUGUAGGGUUUCUCAUUCUCCCUUUA